AUGGUUCUCAGCAGCAAGGCGGGACUCUGUUCUUCACUACAUCUCAACGUUACCUCUACUCCUCCAUCGCCCCUAGGCUUGCCAUUGGGCCCAGCAGAGUUUAUCGCCAAUCCGCAUCUAGAAGACGGUAUUGCGCAAAUCAACUGGGACGACUUUGCCUUGGAAGCGAAAGGGUCGGCACUCAUUGCUACAGAACUAGGUAACUCGGUACAGAGAGUGACGCCGCGCGGGGUUGUAGAUAUCAUCGCUGGAGGCAUCAACUCAACGACACUCGCUGAGCCCUCAAGUGUAACGUUUGGCAGAACGAAGCGAGACUCCAACACGCUGCGCUCAAGUAGUGUAGAGGACGCUUGUUUUUAG